UUUCCAAUGUGGAGACUUAAAUUUACUAAAAAUUUUUGCUAACCUGAAAAUAUCACGUUACAAAUGCAAAGUAAAAAACGAUCUGUUGUGAUAGCUGCUAUUAUACUGACUAUUUUAUAUUGGAUGUUCACAUAUGUGUUAUUUAUCAACCACGAAGCUGAUGAAACAUACGCUGGUGUGUCCAUCAAUAGUACAUAUAUGGACAAUGAGCGAUCGCCUCCCCUCGUCCUCAUGAUCUGUAACGACGGUAACCGCAUCCCAGAAAAAGAGACAGCGAUGACCAAAUUUGAGACUCAACUUCGCCAAACAAAAGUUCUCAUCAAAUCAGCGAUGAGGCUGAGUCAUUCCCCGAUCAGAUUCAUCAUCUUCGGCAACGACGACACCAUACUCCCUACUAUUGAGGCAUACGUGGCUCCUUGGCCAGAUCAGAUGCGAGAACGUCUCGCUCUGAGUUACCGGUCAGUCUUCUAUCCGAACAGCUGGAAUUUGAUCGACUUCUACGAGAAGUGCGCGGCGGCGAGGUUGUUGCUGCAUUGGGCUCUGCCUGAGUUCGACUCCGCUAUUUACUU